CGCCGGCGUGGCUGCGCCGCCUGAUCGACACGGAGGAGGCCUGGGCGCAGCUACAGUUCGCGCUGCCGAUGGUCCUGACCAACAUGUCCUACUACGCCAUCCCGCUGGUGUCCGUGAUGUUCUCCGGCCACCUCGGCAACGUCCACCUCGCCGGCGCCACGCUCGGCAACUCCUGGGCCACCGUCACCGGCUACGCCUUCGUUACCGGCAUGAGCGGCGCCAUGGAGACACUGUGUGGACAGGCCUACGGCGCCCGGAUGUACCGCCUGCUGGGCUUGUACCUGCAAUCGUCGCUCAUCAUGUCAGCGAUGGUGUCCGUACUCAUCUCCGUCGUGUGGCUGUUCACGGAGCCGAUCCUGUUGUCUCUGCAUCAGGAACCCGAGGUGUCCCAUGCUGCAACAGUGUUCAUCCGAUACCAGAUCCCCGGUUUGUUUGCCUAUUCCUUCCUGCAAUGCCUGCUACGGUAUCUGCAGACACAGUCCAUUGUCGUACCACUUGUUGUCUGCUCCAUGGUGCCUUUUGCGCUCCACAUCGCCCUGAACUACCUGCUGGUGAAUGUGGUCGGAUUGGGCCUCACUGGCGCGUCAUUGGCCAUCUCAGCCACGUUUUGGGUCUCGUGCCUGAUGCUGCUCGCGUACGUGAUGUGGUCCAAGGAGUUCGACGAGACAUGGAAGGGCUUCUCUACCGACGCCUUGAACUACCUGUUACCGACGAUCAAGCUCGCCAUGCCCUCCGCCAUCAUGGUCUGCUUGGAGUACUGGGCGAUUGAGCUCCUCGUGCUGCUCGCCGGCCUGCUGCCGAAUUCCACUGUGAGCACGUCGUUGAUCGCCAUAUGCGCAAGCACGCAGGCCGUUUCCUACAUGAUCACCUAUGGGUUCAGUGCCGCUGUGAGCACCCGGGUGUCGAAUGAGGUUGGGGCUGGUAACGUGGACAGGGCAAAGAACGCGGUCACGGUUACGAUGAAACUGUCAGUCUUCCUCGCCCUCUCAUUCAUCCUGCUCCUUAUCAUUGGCCAUGGCCUCUGGGCGAGCCUCUUCACGGGGAGCGCGAUGAUUGCGGCAAAGUUCGCGGCCAUCACCCCGCUCCUGAUGAUCUCUAUUGUGCUCGACUCCACGCAGGGCGUGCUGUCAGGGGUUGCGCGGGGCUGUGGAUGGCAGCACCUGGCGGCGACCACCAACCUGGUGGCGUACUACUUGGCUGGCAUGCCGGUGGCCAUUCUCUUGGCCUUCAAGCUCAACUUGUACACUCACGGCUUAUGGUUGGGUUUAAUCACUGGGCUGGCAUGCCAGACAAGCGUGAUGGUGAUCAUCACCCUCCGCACGAAAUGGUCAAAGCUCGUGGACGCGAUGGUGAAAAAUCGGGAUGACUAUGUGGCCUGAUCGACACUCGCAUGUUAUUUUAAGAUGUAAUUUACCAUCAGGGUCACACGGUGGUUGCUCAUUCAUAUGGUAGCAGCAUCCGUGGCGUGCACCAGUGCAAGUUUUUGUGAGAUGGCGUGUGUUGGCUGAACUCAACUGUUGUUAAUCCUUUUUUGGCCGUA